GUGUCACAGUAUUCCAACAUCUCAGCCACUGUACUCCUCCUCCUCCUCCUCCUCCCCCUCCCAACCUGCCUCCCUCAGCGUCCUCUCUCUCCGACCUUCUCGCAACCCUCCUUCUCUUCCUCCUCCUCGCUGCGCUCUCACCAUCCCGCAAUGCCACGCUCCAAACCACAACAACCCCAGAGGAUCCCUCCUGCGCCCUCCUCUCCUACACCCUCCACAUUCAACGACGCCCUACCCCUCCCGGCCCUUAUAGUCUUCGAUCUCGACUACACCCUCUGGCCCUUCUGGGUCGACACACACGUGUCGGGACCCUUGAAACCGGCCAACCCACAUCCGCAACACAACACGCGCAUGCUGGACCGCUGGGGCGAGCCCUUCUCCUUCUACAGCGACGUGCCCUCGAUCCUCGCCUCCGCCAAAGAAAGAGGCAUCACGAUGUCUCUUGCCAGCCGCACCCACGCGCCCGAUCUAGCCGCCGACAUGCUUCGAGGCCUUCACGUCCCCUCGUCCACAUCCACAUCCCCUGCCGCCACCAGUAACGCCAGCAGCAGCAGCAGCAGCAGCAGCAGCAGCAGCAACAGCAACAGCAACAGCAACAGCAACAGCAACAGCAACAGCAACAGCAACAGCAACAGCAACAGCAACAGCAACAGCAACAGCAAUAGCAACUCAAAAUCUCAAUCUCAAUCUCAAUCUAAACCGCUCCGCGCCAUCGACUUUUUCACCCACAGCCAGAUUUACCCAGGCAGCAAAACGACGCAUUUCCGUCGGAUACAAGCUGCGACGACCAAACACGGCGGUGGCGGGACAGUCGCGUUCGAGGACAUGCUAUUCUUCGACGACGAGGGCCGCAACCGCAAUGUCGAAACAGAAUUGGGCGUGACCUUCUGGCUUGUGAGAGACGGCGUCACCAGGGACGAGGUCGAUGCCGGGGUGUGGGAGUGGAGGAAGCGUAGGGGGAUCACGAAGAAGGAUCUACGAAGGGAGGUGGAGGAUGUCGUCGAGUUAGAGGGAUGAUAUUAUCGACCUUAAAACCUCAGCAACUCUCGGUCAUUCGACAAUCGCCCGUCCUGUAUGGACUCCGGGAAAGUCGGGGAUAGAGAGACAAGCAUACAGGCAUCUCAGGAAUUCUAUUGGCAGCAAGGCGUUCCGGUCCGGGCGGUAUUGGCCUGUUUGAUUUAGCAUGUUGCAUCUAGACAUAGGGAAUAAGGAGGAGUCAAGACGCUGUCCGAGUACGUUGAAGACAUAGAUAAGUCGACGGCUAAUGACGGUCAAGGUGUCACAGCCGAAGCGGCAUACAUGAUUACUUGUGAUGUUGCAAUAUACAAAGAAACAUCUACAGAGACAUCACGGUUACGACAAUGACAGUCAUUUGGAUCGGCUCAAUUCUGU